AUGGCCUUGGCCUUCCGCGCGGCCAGCUCCAGGCCAGGCUCGGUUUCGCUGACUUCAGCAGCGGCUGCCCCGCACCAUGGAGGCGGCCCCCUGCUGCGGCGCCUGAGUCGUGGCCUCCGCAGAGACGUUCGUCCCUCUUCAAACUCGCCCGACUUGGCGAACCGAGGCCAGGCUGGCGCCGAAUGUCUCGGAGAGCGCGGCGGCUGGGCUGGGCGGCCCGAGUGCCUUCUGCCCAGACUCUCGCAGCCCCGGCGAGGAAGCGGGUUCCCAAACACGCACACUAGCUCGCAGCGCGCCUGGGGGUCUGGGGGCGCCGCGACGACGCCUCGCUACCCGCACGCGGGCCCGGCUCGAAGGGGCGGGACGGCGUUCCCCACACGCCCCCCUCCAGCCCUCGACGUCGGCGCUCCCGCUCCCACCCUCGGCCCCCGGCCCUCGGCGCUGGUCCCGCCGCCCCGCUUACACGCACCCUUGGCGGGCCCUCUCCGCGCGCCCCAGGGCUCGGGGCAGCCCGGGUGUCUCUGGCAACCGAGAGAAAGGCCACAAAGCAAAAGAAGGAGCAAAGAGAAGGCGAAGGAGGAGCAGAGGCCAGGGUCCUGCGGACUCGCCUGGAGCAGGGCCAAUCGGCUGAUGUCCUCCUCAUCCCACCCCGUGACCUGUUCUACUCAGAACUUCUCGGGUGCUCAUGGAUUCUUCCAGUUCUCCUCUCUUUGGACCCCACCGCAUCCAGAUUGGCUGCAUUCUAAUCCUGGCUCCAACACUAGCCAACUCCAACCUUGGCAAGCUAUGUGACCUCUGGGAGCCUCUGGUUCCUUGUCUGUCAAAUGGGUUAAUAAUGGAACUGAGGAUUAAGAGAAUCCUGAGAACUGGAAUUCCCUGGUGGCGCAGUGGUUAGGAAUCAGCCUGCCAGUGCAGGGGACACGGAUUCGAGCCCUGGUUGGGGAAGAUCCCACAUGCUGCGGAGCAACUAAGCCCGUGCGCCACAACUACUGAAGCCCGUGCGCUUAGAGCCCGUGCUCCGCAAGAGAAGCCACCGCAAUGGGAAGCCUGCACACAGCAACAAAGAGUAGAAGCCCACGUGCAGCA